AUGAUGGCAUCAAGCGUCCUUUUCAAGAAUGCCACGGUUGUUACUAUGGAUGAGGCUGUAGGUGUGCUCGAGCAUUGCGAUGUCUUGAUCGAAGGCAAUAUCAUUAAAUGUGUGGGCUGUAGCCUCGAGAGACCUUCUGCAGAAACAGUGGUCAUAGAUGGCACAAAUUCCAUCCUGUCCCCCGGCUUUGUCGACACACACCGACAUGUUUGGCAACAACAGCUGCGUACUAUCGCUGGAGAUUUCACCAUCUUUGAGUAUGGAGCAAACAUUCGCAACAAAUUCGGGUCUUGCUACACUUCACACGACGUGUACCUGGCAGAGCUUUGCGGAGCUCUCGAGUCCAUCGAUGCCGGCACCACUUGUCUUCUUGACCAUUCACACAUCAUGAAUUCGCCGGCACACUCAAAUGCAGCAGUCGCGGGCUUGAGGGCGUCCGGAAUUCGAGGAGUUUUCUGUUAUGGAGCGUAUCCCAACCCUGUGUUCGCCAAUCCGGCUGUGAGUGAUGGUUCUGCUGAGCAUCGAACUGACGACUGGCGCCGGGAGGACGCGAAAAGAGUUCGGGAGGAGCACUUCGCUUCCAAUGGGCCCGACAGUCUCUUGCGAUUUGGCUAUGCACCAACAGAAAUGGAACGGACGCCACUGGAGCAGACUAUAGAAGAGAUUCGAUUUGGACAAUCUAUUGGAUCGGCUCUUAUUACCGGACAUGUGGCAAUGGGUCCGCUGGAUCGUGGGAUACAUCUGGUGCGCAGUCUGGAUGACCAAAGCCUCUUGGACUCUAGAAUGCUUCUCAGCCACGGUGCAAGCCUUACCCCCGCGGAACUCACUGCGCUGGCAAAUUCAGGCGCUUCGGUAUCUUCCACCCCUUCCACGGAGUUGCAGAUGGGUAUGGGCCUGCCAGUGGCAUUCAAGGCUGAAAGUCAUGGCUGCACUGCAAGCAUCGGUGCAGAUAUCACAUCCAACAAUCCUGCCGACAUGUUCGAUCAGAUGCGUUUAUUACUCCAAUGCCAACGCUAUGUAGACGCAGGGGAUGUGCCUCCCUGUCCGCAAACGCUAAACAGGAGGUGCGCGCAAGUCCUCAGGAUGGCUACUGUUGGAGGCUCCAAAGGUAUGGGUCUGGAAGCUCUUACCGGAACUAUCACCCCGGGCAAGCGUGCUGAUAUGAUACUGACACGUUGCGACUCCUUGCGUAUGACUCCUGUUCAUGACCCGGUUAUUGCAUUAGUUAUGUACGCUCACUCUUCAGACAUUACACAUGUCCUUGUGGAUGGGGCUGUACUCAAAAGUGAAGGUGAACUGCAAUUACCAUACCUGCAAAGGGAUGGUAAAGAGGCGAGUCUACCAAAGCUUCUGAAAGAUCUCCGAACUUCAGCUGAGGGGAUAUUGGAACGAUCUAAGCUUGUUGCAGAGGCUGAGAGGGCGAAGAGUGUUCGAGAGUACUUUAAGCAUUCUGGCACUUAG